GGACCCUCGAGCCAGGACAGCUGUUCUGAAAGCAUCGAGCAGCGCAACUGUUGCAACCACCAACCGUCGUUCGCUCACCCAAACGUGUCUUUGUAAAAUAACAUGUCGCGGACCUUGGCGGUAGACUUUGGUACAUAAUAUCCGUCCAACAUGAGGCGUUCUUUUCUCUGGCUCAUCCUGCUGUUGCAGGCGGCUGUUGUCUUCUGUUCCGACGAGCAAAAGAUCUUGCAUGGCCACGAAAAGACUGAUGGAGAGAGCAAAGAAGGACACGCGAAAAUACAAACAGAUGUUCUCCCUGAACACCACAAACCCCCUCCGAGGCAGCCCGGAGCAGAACUGGUUGACCUCGCCUUCGAAAAGCUGGCCAAGCUUCCACCCCGAACCUACCCGAGACGUGAACGUCGUUACACUCUUGUCUGGACUGUUCUCAGAUAUGCUCUCAAGUUUGUACCUAGUCUUAAGGCUGCUCCAGUCCCCGGCAGCAACCUAGUACAGGAUACCAAGGUCACCGGGCCACUGUUGGAAGCCGUGAAACUUCUGGAACAAUCCGCGCUGCAAAACAACACUGAUGCGCUCUAUCUCUUGGCCGACAUGAACUUCUACGGCAACUACACCUACCCGAGAGACCUCAAGGUCGCCUUCGAUCACUACCAAACCCUUGCGACGCUCCAUGGCAACCGCACGGCGCAGUACAUGAUCGGCAUUUACUAUGCGACUGGGAUCGGGCAUGUCGUUGCACCCGACCAGGCAAAGGCAUUGCUUUACUACUCGUUCGCUGCGAUACAGGGCGACACCCGCGCCGAGAUGGCCGUUGCUUACCGACACCACAGCGGCAUUGCGACACCGAAGAAUUGUGAGGUGGCAACCAAGUACUACAAGAGGGUGGCAGACAAGGCAAUCGAAUGGUAUCGAUCGGGCCCCCCCGGUGGCAUGGCAUGGGUGGUGGAGUCGUACCGUAUUGCUGACGAGCUUGGCGGAGUCUACGGCGAGGGUGCGAGUGCCUCAAGUGCAGGUAUGAACGCCAUCAAAGUUAGCCCCAACUCAGACGCCAAUGCCGCCAUCGACGACGUUAUCGAGUAUCUCGACCUCAUGUCGCAAAAGGGCGAUGCAAAGGCUUCCUACAAUUUAGGACGGAUCUAUUAUGAGGGGCAGCGAGGACUGGACCGGGAUUUGGAUCUUGCUCGCAAGUACUUCUUCACUGUGGCCAAGAGAUACUGGAAAAAAGAUGGCCGCAUCAUGGAAAACCAUAAGCAGGGCAUUGAGAAGACGGCGAGCAAAGCCGCCGGCUUCAUCGGCCGCAUGUACCUCAGGGGCGAUGGUGUCGACCAGAGCUUCGACCAAGCUAAGAGAUGGUUUGAGCGAGGUAUCUCGCACGGAGACGCCCAGUCCCAGCAUGGUCUUGGUCUUAUGAUGCUUCAUGGGUACGGAAUGCCCAAGAACAUAGCCAUGGCCACCGACCUCUUCAAGACAGCGGCGGAACAGGACUAUGCGCCGUCCCAAAUCGAGUUGGGCGUUCUCUACUUGGACCAAGGUGGGGCUGAAGAUGUUCGAAUUGCCAACAACUAUUUCGAGCUCGCUGCCAGGUACGGUCAAAUCGAGGCACACUACUACCUUGCUGAGAUGGUUUACAAUGGCGUAGGCCGCGACAAGACGUGCUCCAUGGCACUAGGGUACUACAAGAACGUCGCUGAGAAGGCAGAGCCCCUCGUCUCUUCGUGGGCCGAAGCAAACCAGGCCUAUUACUACGGCGACGAGGAGCUGGCAUUUCUGGAGUAUGUCAUGGCGGCAGAACAGGGCUACGAGCGCGCGCAGAACAACGUCGCGUUCAUUCUUGACCCCGUUCAGUCGAGACUUCCGUUGCCGGACUGGCUACCCAUCCCCGAAUGGCUCGGUCUCCGACGCACCCGUUCAAGCCUACUGGAUAACCAGAGACUUGCUCUAACGUACUGGACUAGGUCAUCCAGACAGUCGAAUGUUGAUUCUCAGGUCAAGAUGGGUGACUACUACUUUUACGGCAUCGGAUCCGAGCCGGAUGUGAACAAGGCCGUGCAAUGCUACACUGGCGCUUCGGACUACUCGCAAAGCGCUCAGGCUCUCUGGAACCUGGGCUGGAUGCACGAGAACGGCAUCGGUCUGACCCAAGAUUUUCAUCUCGCCAAGAGAUAUUACGAUCAAGCCCUUGAGGUCAACGAAGAGGCAUACCUCCCCGUCACCCUCAGUCUUUUGAAACUACGUCUCAGAAGCGCCUGGAACACCUUUACCCACGGUCCAAUUCAUUCCAUCCAGGACGACCCUAAGCCCAAGAAGGACUGGUCCCUUGGCGAGUGGAUCGCCAAUUUUCUACAGGACGACCAGUCGUACUACGAUGACGCGUACUAUGAGGACAUAUUUGAUGACACCAUUGGCGGCACCGGCCCUGACGGCAACCCGCUCGAGGACGACGGCAUCGUCGAAAGCCUUAUUAUAGUCUUCAUCGCCUUGUCGCUCGUGCUUCUGCUUUACUACCGCCAGCAGAGACAACAACAGCACAGGCGUGAGGAAGAGGAGCGGCGCCGUCGCGAGGGCCAGCCUGCGGUCCCCGUGUUGCAGGGGCAGCAGCAAGACCGGGGUCUAUUUCCGCAGCCCGGUAACCCGGAGUGGAACAACUGGGUCGCUGGUGGUAUCGGACAUUGAAAAUGUGACUCCUGGAUGUACGAUUGCACGGAUAAAGCGGAAGAUUAAGAAUCUACAUAGCUGCACGAGGGAGAGGACGAUAAAGCAUAAUAAGCGCUGGCGUUUGGGAACCGUACUAAGACUAGGACAUGUAUUUCUUGAGUGGCUCGUUACAACUCCACAGGUUUCUUGAUUGCCUUUGCGGAUUGCGUGACAGUCACAACCAUUUGCACUGCUACCGGUGCGCGCUUGGCAGUUCUUUCCCUGCAUAAUCCCUAGAUUUGAAGGGUUCCAACAUCACCGAGACAAAUGAGUUACAGUCAACCUGAACAAGGUCUGGGGGUCGUUUGCCUGGUUCCUUUUUGUCGCAGAAAUGCCCCUAAGUCGAAUUUGGGUCAAACAAACAACAGCUCUCAUCAAACGGCGGCGCAUCAAGCACGGACGUUUACAUAUGGAUGAGCUAGCUCCAUAUUCAUUAGUUUCAAAUAUCGUGCCGCAUCGUGUGAAGGAU